GGUGAAGAGGAAAUCUAACCAAUCAACAAAUGUGUCUUUUGUUGCGGAAGAGAGCCGGAGGAAAAAAGUUAUCUGAAAAAUCUCUGACAACCCGGGCGCCUGUGGUGAUUUUUAUCUUUUCGAUCUUGGUCGACGGAGAGGGGUUACCCGGACCCGGAAACACCCGGACACCCACACCCGGACAUCUUCACACCCGGACACCAGCAUACCCGAUGAGCUCUUCGAGACGUAGAUCUCUACUGCUCUGACCCAUUCCCCUUCCCAUUCUCCGUCUUGAAGCACUGUCCAUGAGGUUUCUCAGGUUUAAACAUUCAUCCUCGGUCCCAGAGAAACUCGAAAGCAUAGUUGCAAAGGGGUUUGAACGGCUUUCCAAAUCCUUAGCGCGUGGUUCGAAUACCCAAGUACAUGGGAACCGUUCAACCACUUCAACCACAGCGUCGAAUAACGGUAAACGCCAGUCCAGUCGGCGUGGAACCCACGAUUCCGAUAGACGAGUUCCACAUGACCUCAGGCUAGACCAUGGAAAUGGAAGAUAUGGAUUCUUUAGGCCGAGUUCCCAGCCGAUGGAGUUUGAUUCCAUAGCCAAAUCAUCAACGCUUUACCAAGGGACAUUGGACGCACCAGGCCAGUUCCAAUAUACCACAUUACAAGUGCCAGGCCAAUCAGAUAUCCCUAAACUACAACAUAAACUCUCAAGAGUGCUGUUCUCUCCAGGUGUACAUUAUCUACAAGAUCCACGAACCCAGGUUUACAACUUUAACCCAUAUCUACAGGAUAUCAUGCCAGUGGAUCAGUUUGACUUCGAUGCCAUUUCCACUUUUGUUACUGCUUCUAAAGAUGAGACGUUGACUGCAUUGGCGCAAGCAAACGGCUUGAAGUACUAUGCAUCAACAAGUUCAAUGACUGGUGCCCUAUCUCAAUUGCAUUUUCUGUUAUCAAAUUUCAGACCAGUGAGUCUGCUGGAUUUCUCAAGGCAGCAGCCUGAAACUUUGGGCAAGAUGACCAAAGGUGCUAGACUACCUGCGACUAUGAUACUGAGAAACCGUAAUGGCUGUUAUGCCAUAGACUCUGACAAAUCAAGCGAUCGUGAAAUUGUACUGUCAUUAUUAGGACAUUCAUUGGAGAGGUUCCUCACAAAGACUCCUCAAGAGUAUGAAUUAUACAAGAAAAGACCACAGGAGAGAAUGGAAAAGAUCAAAGAGGUCAAUACUUAUCAUUAUGCCAAGUCGGGCCCGUUUCUAAUGCGUUCACAGUUGGAUUGCCAUGACGACCGUCUACUGGGGACUGGGACAUUUGAUCUGAAGACAAGGGCAGUUGCAGCUGUUCGUCAUGACCUGGCUCAUGCGGAGAAGAACCUCACAGGAUACUCCAUUGUGAAGACAAAGGGAAGGUUCGAAUCGUUCGAAAGAGAACUAUUAGAAUUGUCACGGUCAACGAUGCUCAAAUACUCGUUACAGGCCAGAAUAGGUAAUAUGGAUGGUAUUUUCAUAGCAUACCAUAACAUAUCGAAGAUGUUUGGAUUCCAAUACUUACCGUUGAGUAAGAUGGAUGAAAUAUUACACUCUUUUGGUCUUCCUGCAAUCGAUUACAUGGAUCAAAAGAGGUCAUUGAAUGAUACGGUGGAGAAUCUAUCUACAAAGAUGGCCAAUGAAGAGUUUAUCCUGUCCCUAGAAAUUUGGGAUAAAGUUCUCAGUUAUAUAACCAAUGAGCUACCCAACACUUCUUUCAGAUUGAUCAUGCACACUGUACCUAUCUCCAAGUUUGAAAGCAAAUUGAGAGUCAUAGCCACCAGAAUUUCAGACGAAGAGGUUGAGACGCUACAGAAAUCAGGUGAAAAGCUUCAAAAAUUACUCGCAAACGCAUCCACUGAAGAACACAGUGAGAUUGUUCGUUACCAUGUGAAGGAGAUUAUGAAGUUGAACCAGUCUUUGCGCCAUUCCCCGGUUGGUAUUGAAGUGCAAGUUAAAUCCACGAUCAACGACAUCGUUAUCCGUGAACGCCAUCCCGUCUUCGAACACAUGGAUGAUUGCUGGAAAGUCGGUGUCAAACUCACACAGAUGAAUACCGCACAAGCCAUUGAAGUCUACAAUACUUGCCUGAGUGAAAAGAUGAACAUUUUGAUGAACCAAACUCUCUUAAAGACCGACGAGGACGCAUCGUCGUUAAUGAAAGUGUUGAGGCUACUUGGAGAGAAUAGAAUGCAUGAGGAUAAGAAUACAACAGCUACUGCAAAGGGGAAAGUCAUUUGGAAUGACGAAUGAAUAUCUAUAUAUGCUGAGAAAACAUUUAUGUACAUAGUUUUUAUAUACACUAUCUAUAAAGAGGGUUAGACAUGCGUGACUGCUGAUUGAAGAUCCCUCAUCUCCAGAGACUCUUGCUCUGGCUCAUAGUAAUACUUGAAAUAGACGUACUGGAAAGC